AUUAAAAUUUUAUGGUUUCAGUUUACGUUUAAUAAAAAUUUAACGAUGGCUCAGGACACUAAAAAAGUUUCCUCGAGGAAUUCCUACGAAAAAUAUAAAGUUACGUACUGCACCGAUCUAGAGAAGUCGGUUAUUAUCAGCAAUUUCGAGCGGCGCGGCUGGCUCCAAGUGGGGCCGGAGGACGAGUGGAAUAUUUACUGGUCGUUUACGCAAAAUUGCCGUAAUAUUUUCAGCAUCGAGAACGGGUACCGCCUAGCCGACAACCAGAUGAUUAAUCACUUUCCAAACCAUUACGAACUUUCGCGGAAGGAUUUGCUCGUGAAAAACAUUAAACGGUACCGGCGGGAAUUAGAGAGAGACGGCAACGCCCUAGCCGAAAAAACAGAAGUCACCCUGCCGAACGGUCAAGUGGUGACGCGGUACGCUUAUCUCGACUUCAUACCGACCACCUUCGUUCUCCCCGCCGAUUACAACAUGUUCGUUGAAGAGUACCGAAAGUCACCGCAGAGCACGUGGAUCGUCAAACCGUGCGGAAAAUCACAGGGCGCCGGCAUCUUCCUAAUAAACAAACUUUCCAAACUAAAGAAGUGGUCCCGCGAAACGAAAACUUCGUUCCACCCUCAACUAAGCAAGGAGAGCUACGUGAUCUCGCGCUACAUAGAUAACCCGCUCCUUAUCGGGGGCAAAAAGUUCGAUCUGAGAUUGUAUGUGCUGAUAACGUCCUUUCGACCUUUGAAGGCUUACCUGUUCCAGCACGGAUUUUGUCGCUUCUGCACCGUGAAGUACGACACGAGCGUCACCGAACUGGAUAACAUGUACGUGCACCUGACGAACGUCAGCGUGCAAAAACAUGGCGGGGACUACAACAGCUACCACGGGGGGAAGAUGAGCGUGCAGAACUUACGCUUGUACCUCGAGGGCACAAGAGGACGUCAAGUCACGGAGAAGCUGUUCGUGGAGAUCCAGUGGCUAAUCGUUCACUCGCUGAAGGCGGUCGCGCCGGUCAUGGCCAACGACCGCCACUGCUUCGAGUGCUACGGCUACGAUAUCAUCAUUGACGACUCCCUUAAGCCCUGGCUCAUCGAAGUCAACGCGUCCCCGUCCCUGCAGUCCACGACGCACAACGAUAGAAUACUGAAGCACAAGUUGAUCGAUAACAUCAUUUCCGUGGUAGUACCCCCGGCCGGCGUCCCCGACGCGAGAUGGAACAAAAUACCGACGGCGGAGGCGCUGGGAGACUUUGAAGUUUUGAUUGAUGAAGAAUUAAUAGAAAGGGACGAUGUGAACCCGCGCACAAAACCUCGCACGAGGUUAUAAAUUGUUCGGGUGUUUUCUUAUCGAAGCUUUUAAUAUAAUAUAACUAGCUAUUUGACCGAGCUUUGCUCGGUA